GGGCCGCAGGGAUGCUGUCUGCCGCCGGAUACGCAGAGCUGAGACCGGAGCCGGGCUGCGGAGUGGGCGCGCCCGUGCAGUACCGCUUUUCGCCCUACACCUUCAACGGCGGGACUGUGUUGGCGAUUGCUGGAGAAGACUUUUGCAUUGUUGCCUCUGACACUCGACUGAGUGAAGGUUAUGCCAUUCACAGCCGGGACAGUCCAAAAUGCUACAAACUAACAGAGCAUACAGUCAUUGGAUGCAGUGGCUUCCAUGGUGACUGCCUUACACUUACUAAAAUUAUUGAAGCAAGAUUAAAGAUGUACAAGCAUUCCAAUAACAAGACCAUGACUACUGGAGCUAUUGCAGCAAUGCUGUCUACAAUUCUGUAUUCUCGACGUUUCUUUCCUUACUACGUUUACAACAUAAUUGGAGGACUUGAUGAAGAGGGGAAGGGAGCAGUCUAUAGCUUUGAUCCAGUAGGCUCAUACCAGAGAGACUCUUUCAAAGCAGGUGGAUCAGCAAGUGCCAUGCUGCAGCCUUUGCUUGAUAACCAGAUUGGCUUCAAGAACAUGCAAAAUGUGGAGCACGUACCUCUGACCCUGGAGAAGGCUUUGCAGCUGGUUAAGGAUGUCUUUAUUUCUGCUGCUGAGAGAGAUGUGUACACUGGUGAUGCACUUAAGAUUUGUGUUGUCACCAAAGAUGGAAUUAAAGAGGAAACCAUCCAGUUAAGAAGAGACUAAUUCAGUUUACAUACAAACGUGUAAUCUACGAUGUACAAUGUAACUCUAAUGUGAAGAUGUUUGUCUUAUUAAAAUUUUUCAAUAAGUUU